AACAUCAAUCAGUUAUAUUAAAAUUGUAACAUUAAUUGGUUUAGGCUGUGUGUGCAACACCCAGUGCACAUUAACCUACGCCACAGCCCCAUCAUUGUCUCAUACUGUUAGUCACAUACUCAGGUUAAUGAGCUGUAGAAUUAAUAGCCUGUAAGUAAAUAUCCCCACCCCUGAAGCCACUGAAUGAGAAAUGCCGACCAAGGGGAUGCGAGGGGCAGUGGCUGGACCAAUGAGAUUAAAAAAAAGAGAAAUAUGUCCAGCCGACACUAGGCUAGAGCUCCCUCAUUGAAACACUAUGCAGGCAGCAGCACAUACUGAUACCAAUCUGAACUGCAGCAAAGAGACAGCCUGCCAGCCCAGCACCCAACACCUCUUUCCUUACUUCAUAGACUGCAUUCUUGGAAAAGCUCCGACAGACAAGAAGAAGAUUCCAGGAAAUAUCAGGCAAAAGCCACAGGGGGAUUUGGAUGAUACUGGAUCUCCACCUGCAAAGAUAUUAUGUAAGACAGGAACGCCUAUGAAACUCAGACAUGGGGAGAACAUGGAAAAGAAACGGAGAGGGGUCAUGGAGAGCACUGCUGAGGCAAAAGGAGCUAAUGAAAUGUAUGAUGAGGACAGGACUGAAAAAAUAACUGAACCAGUUGCUAAACAGAGCUGUGUCCCAGAGUUACUUAAUACCUCAGAGAAAAGGAAACAGCGUAGGUACCGCACCACCUUCAGUAACCUGCAGCUAGAGGAGCUGGACAUGGCAUUCAGAAAGUCCCACUAUCCGGACGUUAUCACCAGAGAGGAUCUUGCAAUGAGGCUGAAUCUAACAGAAGCCAGAGUGCAGGUUUGGUUUCAAAAUCGGAGGGCAAAAUGGAGAAAGCAGGAGAAAAUUGAGAUGCUAGGAGGUGUUUCUGGAUUUCCCAUGAGCAACCCCUUGGGACUGUAUUUUGAUGGUCCUUCGCCUCUAACAGAUUCUGCUUGGAAAACAGUACCUCUGUCCACUGUACCAUUACCACCUUUCAUGCCUGCAUUAAGCACACCUCCGAUGGGUUCCUUGAAUCUCAGUAACAUUUCUUGGGCAACACUUUUCAGUAGCCCCAUUCUAAGUCCUUAUUUUGGAAGAUUCCUUGGUGUUCUAAACCCACUAAUGACCACAUCUUCUCUCCUUUUGGAAAAUCCAAUUCCUGCCUCAGACUCUGAUUACAGCUUUGACCCAUCCAACCAUGGGUGAAUGGAAAAUGCUGCUUUGAGACAAAGGGCAAAGGAACAUUCUGAACAAGUCCCUGCCAUAAAUCUCCUUGGUGGCAGCUUUACUGAGAUUAACAAAGAAAUGUGCUGAUCCUUUUGGAAGGAGCAAGCAAAAAGACAAUUUCUGGAUAGUACCCCAGUUCACUAUUUUUGAAUAUAUUUAAGAGGGAAUGAUGCUGCAUAUAAUAGGUCCAGGGAAUGAAUUUACCAAGCAAUUCAAAUUAUAUUUUAUACAAAGGUUUAAGUUUCCUAAAUUACUUCCACGAAUGUCUCCUGUUUAUUUUAUUUAUGUGAAAAAUCAUCAAUUUCAUAGUACAGGUAUGGGACCUGUUAUUCAGAAUACUUGGG